AUAUGUGGUGUCAUCACUGAGUUGGAGUCCCUUUUAAUCAAUUUUUUUUUUCUCUCUCUUUUGGCUGGGUCUUUUAUUUUUUUUUUCUCUAUAUAUAUUGCACCUUCAUUUUUUUCUAUGCAUGUUUUAUUUUUACAAUAUUUGAUUUGUAAUUAAACAACAAAUUGAUUCGAAGGAUUUUAUCAAAUGGCCAAGAUUUCUCGUCUUUUUGGAUCCACCGUGAAAGCAGCUAUCACCGCCCAGGCUGGUUUCCAUGGAAAACGUAUUCCAGCAGUUAGCAGUUUACAGGAGCAUAUUGUUAAAUCAACACCGGCAAGAUAUAACAGUACACAGGCAUGUUUGGAAAAUGAUAUUUCUGGAACUGAUAAUAAAGGGUUCAAGGGUCAUGAUAUGUUGGCACCCUUCACUGCUGGGUGGCAAAGUACUGAUGUUGAUCCUUUGAUUAUAGAGAAGUCUGAGGGAUCCCAUGUCUAUGACAUGCAAGGGAGGAAGUAUAUUGAUACUCUAGCUGGUUUGUGGUGCACAGCACUAGGGGGGAACGAGCCUCGCCUGGUUGAUGCUGCCACUAAGCAAUUAAACACAUUGCCGUUUUACCAUUCAUUUUGGAACCGUACAACAAAACCUUCUUUGGAUCUUGCGAAGGAGCUUCUAGAUAUGUUCACUGCAAAGAAAAUGGCAAAAGCUUUUUUCACCAAUAGUGGAUCAGAAGCCAAUGAUACCCAGGUGAAGCUGGUCUGGUAUUAUAACAAUGCUCUUGGAAGGCCAAACAAAAAGAAAUUUAUAGCUCGAGCAAAAGCAUAUCAUGGUUCAACUCUUAUUUCUGCCAGUCUCACUGGCCUUCCUGCAUUACAUCAAAAUUUUGAUCUUCCUGCUCCAUUUGUUCUUCACACCGACUGUCCUCAUUAUUGGCGUUAUCAUCUGCCAGGUGAGACAGAGGAGGAGUUCUCCACCAGGUUGGCUAAAAAUUUAGAAGAUCUUAUCCUCAAAGAGGGGCCUGAAACAAUAGCUGCUUUUAUUGCUGAACCAGUCAUGGGGGCAGGAGGUGUCAUACCUCCUCCAGCUACCUAUUUUGAUAAGAUCCAAGCUGUAGUGAAGAAAUAUGACAUUCUUUUCAUUGCGGAUGAGGUCAUCUGUGCCUUUGGGAGGCUUGGAACAAUGUUUGGCUCUGACAUGUAUAACAUCAAACCUGAUCUUGUCACCUUAGCAAAGGCUCUUUCUUCUGCAUAUAUGCCUAUUGGAGCUGUCCUUGUAAGCCCCGAAGUUUCUGAUGUAAUUCAUUCUCAAAGCAAUAAACUUGGUUCCUUUUCCCAUGGAUUCACUUAUUCUGGGCAUCCUGUUGCAUGCGCAGUGGCAUUGGAAGCUAUUAAAAUCUACAAGGAGCGAAAUAUGGUUGAGAGAGUAAAUAGAAUAUCCCCAAAGUUUCAAGAAGGUCUGAAGGCAUUUUCUGACAGUCCCAUUAUCGGAGAGAUUAGGGGACUUGGUUUGAUCCUUGCCACAGAGUUUGCGAACAACAAAUCUCCUAAUGAUCCUUUCCCUCCCGAAUGGGGUGUUGGUGCAUAUUUUGGAGCGCAAUGUCAGAAGAAUGGCAUGUUGGUACGAGUUGCUGGUGAUACCAUCAUGAUGUCUCCUCCAUUUGUAGUUACUCCAGAAGAACUUGACGAGUUGAUUAGAAUCUAUGGGAAAGCAUUGAGGGAAACUGAAAAGAGAGUAGAAGAACUCAAGUCUCAGAAGUAAUAUUAGUUGACAGCACAAGCUUGACGAUGGCGAAAAAUAAAAUCAAAUGUGUUUGGAUAUUCUGUAAAUGUCCAGAAUGAAGUAAAGAAAGUAAUAUAAUUUUUAGUCCAAGUUGUUUUCUCUUUCAUUUUACAUGCAGUAUAGUUGCACCAGUUGACUUGUUGAUGAAUAUAUGUAUCCCCUUAACCAGUAAUCACCAAAUUGCAUUUCACAAAAAAAUCGAAUUAUCAAUCUAUAUUCUUGUAAUU